CCCGUCCUAGAGUGAGAAAACUCUCUCUGGGGAGACACCUGCCUGCCAGCUGCCCGGGCAAGAUGUGGUGGCUGCUCCUCUGUGGAGCCCUCCAGGCUUGCCCCAUGCUGGGCUCCGUCCUCUUGGCCCAACCGCGACCCCAGAAGCUGACAUCCCCCGGCUACCCAGAGCCGUAUGCCCGAGGCCAAGCCAGCAGCGCCGACAUCGAAGCUCCAGAGGGCUUUGUUGUGAGACUCGUCUUCCAGGACUUCGAGCUGGCGCCGUCCCGGGCCUGCAAGCAGGACUCGGUCACCAUCACAGUCAACGGGACUGUUCCGAGCCGGCUCUGUGGGCACCAGGGUUCCCCGCUGGGCAGCCCUCCUGGCCAGAGGGAGUUUGUGUCCUCUGGGAGAAGGUUGAGGCUGGCCUUCCACACAGAUGCAUCUUCAGAGGACAGGGCUACCGGCCCCUACAGGGGUUUCCUGGCCAUCUACCAAGCCGUGAGUCCUAAUGACUACUGUUUCCCUGUCGGUGUGGGGGAUAGUCUGCCUAUCAGCCAAGCCCAUGGGAGCUCCAAGGCCAUCAACACACCUCGAACCAGCUCCUCCAAGGUCCAGGGCCAUUGCCAGGCACUGGAUUAUCAGGAGAUGCCAGCAGGGACACUCACCUGCACAACCCAGGGCACCUGCGCAGACAGACGGACGCGGCAGGAGGCUCCUCUGCAUGUACCUGAAACGGCCCGAUGGUUUUCCACAGCAGCUGAGCUAUUUUGCAUCUUCCCCCUCCUCCCCCCAAUGUGUGGACGGCCAGUCACUCCCAUCACCCAGAACCAGAAGGCCUUUGCUUCCUCCAGAGCUCAGUUGGGUAACUUCCCCUGGCAAGCUUUCACCAGUAUCCACGGCCGCGGAGGCGGGGCCCUGCUGGGUGACAGAUGGGUCCUCACGGCUGCCCACACCAUCUACCCCAAGGACAGCCUCUUCCCCGGGAAGAACCGGAGCGUGCAUGUGUUCUUGGGCCACACGAACAUAGACGAGAUGCUGAAACUGGGGCACCACCCAGUCCGCUGUGUCUACGUGCACCCAGACUACCGUCAGAAGGAGUCCCACAACUUCGACGGGGACAUUGCUCUCCUGGAGCUCCAGCGCCCAGUGGCCCUGGGCCCCCACGUCCUCCCAGUCUGUCUGCCCGACAAAGAGAGCCUCUACCUCAGUGGCCUGUCGGGCUAUGUCAGUGGGUUUGGCAUGGAGAUGGGCUGGUUGACUCCUGAGCUGAAAUACUCAAGGUUGCCCGUCGGCCGAAGGGAGGCCUGUGCGGCCUGGCUCCAGGAGAGGCGGCGGGCUGAGGUGUUUUCUGACAACAUGUUCUGUGUGGGGGAUGAGAUGGAGCCUCAGAGCGUCUGCCAGGGGGACAGUGGGAGUGUCUUCGUGGUGUGGGAUGAUUGUGCCCAUCGAUGGGUGGCCACAGGCAUCGUAUCCUGGGGCAUCGGGUGUGGCAAGGGGUAUGGCUUCUACACCAAAGUGCUCAGCUACGUGGGCUGGAUUAAGGGCGUGAUGGAGGGAAAGGACGGAGCCUGGGGCACCUCACCAGGGGCCAGCGCUGAGGAGGCACCAGAAAGAGAGGGUUCAGAGGGAGGACUGUUCCCUGAGGGGAGGGAGAAGGGAAGAGGUCCCCAUUCAAGACGCUGAUGCCGCAAUCCACCACUGUAAGAGAAGAGCCCUCCUCCCCGGACAGGCAUGGCCUUCCACAGCCCCCUUCUCCUCAUCCUCCUGCACAUUUGCACUUCCCCAGAGGGGAGGGUCCUUAGAGUUUUAGUAUUUAUUGGAGUGGCUGACUUCUCCCGAGGAGUAAGUGGUAUACAGGGCAGGUACCCCUGGACAGGUAGAUGCCCCUGUACAUCUCAGCAACUGCCACUGUGAGUAUCUUUUUGAGCGUCCUCACUUCAUCUCUUGUGGAUACAGCUUCUUCCAUAGCUACCUGUGUAACAGUCACUUUGUGGGCGUUCCCAAAGCUCCUUCCGCUGACCCUCAAAUAUCCAAGCCAUUUAUUUCACAUCGACCAAAACACCCAGAUGUAAGUACAUUCAUUUAGACAAAGAAAAAAGGUUUUCUGUUAACUUGAGGUGAAUAAAACUAUUCUUUCUAGGGUUUUAA